AUGACAGACUCCAAGAAUAUUCACCCAGGUGAACCAAGAAGCACCUAUGUGUUAGAACCCCCCCCCCCCCCCCCCCCCCCAGUUCUCGACAAACCAUGGAGAGAAAUAAACUGGGGUGACAAACAGAGCACUCUGCAGUAUGUGAAUGACUACAAACCUCAUAUUGAAGGUCGGUAUCUCAGGAUUCUUCUUCAUGGACCGGUUGGAGCUGGAAAAUCCAGUUUCAUCAACUCUGUUAAAAGUGUCUUACAAGGCAAAAUGUGCGGAGCGGCCUUGGUGGCAAACAUUGGUGGUGACUGUUUCACCAAGAAGUUCACAACCUACAAGAUAGAAAAGGGAAACCCAAGCACCUUUUACCCUUUUGUCUUCAAUGACAUCAUGGGCCUGGACCCAAGCAAAGGUGUCCUUGUAGACGACAUCAAACUGGCUUUGAUGGGACAUGUGAAGGACGAUUACAGGUUCAAUCCUGAGCGUACGUUAUCAGAAGGCGACCCAUCCUACAACACAGAAGUAAGUCCCAACAAUGAAGUUCAUGUCCUGGUUUGUGUCAUUCCUGCUGACACAGUAAAUCAAAUAAGUCAAGAAGUUAUAAGGAAGGUUGGGGAAAUCAGGAAAGCAGCCAGUGAACUAGGGAUUCUUCAAGUGGCCGUUCUCACCAAAAUUGAUGAGGCCUGUCCUGAGAUCGAAAAAGACUUAAAGAACGUCUACAAGUCUGUCUACCUGAAGGAGAAGAUGGAGCAGUUCAGUGCAGAUGUGGGGAUCCCAAUGAACUGCAUCUUUCCCAUGAAAAACUACUUUGAAGAAAUCGAUUUGAAUGAUGAUGUUGACUCACUAAUCCUGAGCACACUGAGAAAAAUCAUCGACUUCGGAGAUGAAUUCAUCAACCACAAAAUGAAUCAGUCUGAAGGUUAA